UAAAUUCAUUUUCUCUAUCCACAUUCUCUCUCCUCAAAGUUGGUCCGUUUGGCGGACAACUGGUUGAACAAUGUGGCUGGGGCCAGCGAUCAUUCCGAAGCCGAUCUCCCGCCUAUAAAAUUAUCCCCUCUCUCGCCCUACCUGGUUUCAGUAGAGAGAGAAACAAGGUAGAGAGAUAUAGAGAAACAAGGUAGAGAGAUUUCAGAGAGAGAAGGGAACUCUAGGGUCAGGAAUUUUCAUAAACACUAUCAAGUUGUUUCGGUAAUCAUAGAGCUCCCUCCGUGCUUCUGCAAAUUCUAAAGUUUCUUGUACCAAGGGUUUCUCAGAAGAAGAAGCAUACGAAGCUAUAGAGCGCCAUGCCUCCUAUCCAGCUGAAGCAAUCUCCGGCCUCGACCCAAACCCUGACUGGCUCGAGUCAAGAUGCGAGGAUGCUGGUUAGAGAGACCAUGAGGAUCAGUGCAAACCUUGCUUCAUCUAGGUCAGCGAACGAGCUUGUCGCUGAGAGUGCUGUGCAACUCGGUGGUAGAGAUGAGAGCUCUCUGCAACUUGGUGGCAGAGAGAGCGCGAAUGAUGUCAGGGUUUUGUGUUGUGAGGAGUUGGAUGGGAGGAGGUGGAGGUAUGUUGCAGAGCCUGAUGGGUCGGGGAGAUUUGUCAAGGGUUCGAUGCAUGCCAUUGCUUUGCAAACACCGAGCAAUCCAGUCGAUGAAUUGGUUUCUUUUGUAAGAUCCUAUGUAGUACCCGAAGGGUUCCCAGACAGUGUGGCUCCUGCAUAUGUGCCUUAUAUGACUUGGAGAGCUUUAAAGCAUUUCUUUGGGGGAGCCAUGGGUGUUUUCACAACACGCUCGUUAUUGCAUUCAGUUGGGGUUUCGGGAAAUGGAGCCACUUCUGCUGCUGUUGCUGUUAACUGGGUCCUCAAGGAUGGGGCAGGGCGUGUUGGGAAGAUGCUUUUUGCUCGUCAAGGAAAGAAGUUUGACUAUGAUUUGAAACAGCUUCGCUUUACUGGAGAUCUACUUAUGGAAUUAGGUGCCGGGAUAGAAUUGGCAACUACUGCAGUGCCCCAUCUUUUUCUUCCAUUUGCUUGUGUUGCCAAUGUAGCAAAGAAUGUUGCUGCAGUAGCAUCAACAUCUACGCGUGCUCCAAUCUAUAAAGCAUUUGCUAGAGGAGAGAAUAUUGGUGAUGUGACUGCCAAGGGAGAGUGUGUGGGCAAUAUUGCUGAUCUGUGUGGGACUGGACUAAGCAUCAUGAUGUCCAAAAGAAAUCCUUCCUUGGUGGUUACUUUUGCCCUCCUUUCAUGCGGAUAUGUUUUCAGCUCGUAUCAAGAGGUGAAAUCAGUUGUACUGCAGACAUUAAACAAGGCAAGAUUCACUGUAGCUGUGGAGACUUUCCUCAAGACAGGACAUGUUCCCUCAUUGCAAGAAGGGAAUUCAAAGGAAACUUUAUUUGAUCCCCCUUGGUCAAAAGGGAGGCCUGUUGUCUUAGGAUCAAGAUUUAGGGAUGCAUUUCAGGAUCCAGCUUCAUAUUUAGCGAUUCAGCCUCUAUUUGAGAAAGAGAGAUACCUUGUGACAUACAAUCCUUCAAAAGGUAAUGUGUAUGCAUUGCUCAAGGACCAAGCAAAUUCAGAUGACAUACUGAAAGCUGCUUUCCAUGCUCAUGUGCUUUUGCAUCUAAUCCACUCGUCAAGCAAGAAUGGAUCUUGGAAAAAGAAUGAUGAUUCCAUACGAACAAACGUAGAUGGUCCCUUGGUGACCAAUUCCCCUCUUUCAACCUUGGAUUUCGAGGCUCACAUUGCAGAGACUUGCAGAAUAGUUUCGACUUCCUAUGGACUCUUCAAGAGGAAAGCGGCAGAGCAGGGAUGGAAGAUGUCGGAAUCACUCCUAAAUCCUGGUCGAGCUCGUUUAACUUAAUCCUAAAUUAAAGAUGAAGUGUAAGAGCUCAGAGAUGGAGUUUUUGGUGAUGGAGUUUCCAUAAUGCUUGGAUGCUGCCCAUUAUUCGGCAUGAAACAUUAUAGAGCAGCUAAUUGAAUGCAGUGGAACUGUCCCUUGAUGCUGGAACCAGAUGCAUGAAGGGCAUCUCAACUGCCUAUUAUUUCCUACUCAUCAAAGUGAUGGGGUUUUAAUUCAUCUGUAAAUCUGUAUAGUGCAUUCUUUUACUUUUCAAGUUAAGUAGAAUGUUGGUCGCACAUUGAGUGAGAAAUGAGUUGUUUUGCCCGCCGAUGUAAUUUGUAAUCUGAAUGUGCUGUGGUCAUAGGAUUGUGUAUGUAGUUGAUUUUGACAGUCUGCUUUAUGGACUAUCCAAUUUUGAAAUUUUGGAGUAAUAGGUGGAAUAUAUAGUUGUAAUGCUUGUUAUUCA